GGCGAAUCGUGCGAGAUGACGCCCUCUCGCGCCACGCCCUUGCCCACCAGCCUCGUGGACGGCUUCGAGGGCGGCGUGGGCGCGAACUGGCAGGUGGUGAGCGGGGGCGGCGUGGGCUUGGGCUGCAGCUCGCUGGCCCCCUACAGCCACGGGAAGCACCUCUACUUCUCGGGCUGCGGGACCAGGCAGGCGGUCACGGCAGAGAUGGACACCAGGAGGGCCAGCAAGCUGAUGUUCGUCCUGCGCAUCGGGAGCCACGACCACGCCCCCUCGUGCCGCGUGGACCUCAGCGACCCCCAGCGGAGCCUGGACAAGGGCGUCAUCCUGCAGUACACGACGGACAACGGUGUCACGUGGACCACUCUCAACGUGCACGACCCGCUCGAUUUCAGAAAGCCGCGCCGCGUCGCCUACAGCCUCCCGCCGGACGCCCGUAGCUACGGCGUGCAGCUCCGGUGGUGGCAGCCGGACCACGACGGCGCCAGCGCGGACCAGUGGGCUCUCGACAACGUGGAGAUCGUGCUGUGA